CUUGCCCGUAACAAUUGCUGAAGACCCCAUCUCAUGUGCGCCGCCAUUUUGUUUGUUAUGAAAAUGAGGACCUCGUGUGGUGGACAGCAGCAGUAGCCCAUUAGAUACUUCACAUAUCCUCCUUUCUUCAGUUUAUUUCCUCCGUGAAACGAAAUAAUGUAUUGGUCGUAGAGACCAACAUAAGUAAAAGGAAAACUUAAAUUAAUUUAAAAGUUAAUUAUUGUGUAGGCCUAAUCAUAAAUAUUGUGCCUUAAAGGGGAGCACAACCUAAAUUAAUUAAGUCCAACGUGUUAUUUCCAUGGCCUCAGAAAGUUCAAUCAAUAUUUGUGAACAUGAGCUACUCUCUCAAAGCCAGAAACCGAGUAGCGUUCCAGACACCCAUGCUUUUACACAGCAGAUGGGGACAACCGCCGUCACCCUAUUUACUUUUGCCCAAGCCGUGCAAAAGUGGCUGCGCUAUGCGCCAGACCGGGCAGGAGGGACUGGAAGACAACGUCAGAGGACCAUGAACUACAUGGUGCUUUGGAUUAUCUUCCCCAUCUCCCUCUCCCUGGUGUCCUUCAUUGGAACAUGGACUGUAUAUGGCCUGGCUUUCACCAACAAUCAUGUGUGCUCUCUCACUGACUGGGGGAGUGACAACUACUGCAAAGGGAAUCAGUCCACUGGAUGUUGCCUUGUUCCCACUAUAAGCUCAAGUGGAACUAGUGCACCAGAAAAUUCACUUUUUACAGCCACAAUCAAUGCAGGAUCCUUUCUGUUUCUGCUGUUCAGUAUAUUCCACCAUGCCCACGUUAUGGAGAGACACACAUGUCAUUCCAUGCUGAGCAGGUUUGCACUGGUCUUUGGUGUGGUGGCAGCUUUGGGGGCAUUCACAGCUGGCAACUGUAAUCCAGGUUACCUGGCACUCCUUCACUACCUCGGAGCUGCCAUCAGUUUCAUGUGCAUCUGCUUCUACACUGUCCUGCUCACUGCGCUGACUGGGAAGUGUUCGCUGACAGGAUAUGAGAAGAUUCUCUACCCGUUACGCAUCGCCUCCACAGUGGUUCAAACAAUUGUCACCAUCUGCUAUACUGUUUUGUUCGCCCAGGACGAGUACUUUUAUGUCCACUUGUCGGCUAUAUUUGAGUGGAUGCUCAGCAUAAACCUGGAGCUGUUUGAGCUCAGCUUCGCCGUGGAGUUUUGCUUCUUCUCAUCCUUCAUGCUUUCAAAUCUGUUGAGCAAACGUGAGGAAGAAAAGCCUUUAAUGAUGACGAUGUCCUGAUAUAAGGCUGCUAGGUUCCAGCUGAAGCACAUAAGCAGUGAGGAUGGACUGAGUAAGACAUCUGUUAAGACAUCUGUGGCUGGACCGGAGAUGGAGGACCAAGUUUUUUUUUCCAUCACUCUGCUGGGAUGGUUUUAUAGCCAUUUAUGGAUUAUGACCACUUUUAUUCCACUGUCUUGAUACUGCUGCCUAAAAUUAUAUGAUUUUCUUUACUAGGCAUUUUUCUUCCCCAUUCCUUACUGUAUUUAUUUAUUGAAACAUUCUUGUGCAGCAAAUGAACAAAACAUAUCAGCUGUAUUAUACUUAUGCUUUGACAACAGAACAAUUAACCCGUUUCAUAUUCAUUUAUGUAAAUUUUUUGUGUGCAAUUACAUGCUAAUAGGCUACACUAAUAAGGAUUUUAGCUUCACAUUGAGGUUCUUUGAGCACUUGCACUUAAUAAAAAAUGGCCACUGUACUC